AUGAUGAAACCAAUUGUCAAAUCCAUUCUUCAAUUUCUCUUCUUUGCUUUGAUGGGUCUGAUUGGUUUGUUGAGUGUGAGAACCUAUCUCUUCAUUCAAGAAAUCAAUCGGAAUAUUCAACAAGAUUUUGAUCCGAAUCGUAUCAAGGAAGGAAAAUCACAUGUUCAACAUCAUGGUUCAUAUUCCUCCUUUCUUCCACAUGGAUUCCAAUGGGAUGAAAAAGAAAGAAAUGCUGCCAUUCACAGAUUACAACGAGCCAUUCAAUUUCCAACCAUUCACCAUGUCAAGGAUUAUGAAAUAUUUAACAAAUUAUUUGAUCAAAUGUUUAAAGACUUUCCAUUACUCUUUUCCAACCAUCAUCAUCAUCAUCACGGUGGUGGUGGUCCAAUUCUCAAAGAAGUGACUCUUGAUAUUUUGAAUAGUUUAAAUGGUGGUGGUGGUGGUAGUAGUAUUGAGAAUAUCAAUGAUGGGAAUGGUCGUACUAGUGGUAGUAAUAGUAGUGAUGAUGAUGAUGAGGAUGAGAAUGGUACUUCUUUUUCAUCCAAUCAUCUUGCUGCACGUGUCUUUGUUUGGAAGUCAAAUAACAACCAUCAAAACAAACGACCCAUCAUGUUCACAGGUCAUGUCGAUGUAGUUCCAAUUAAUGAUGAAUCGAAAUGGAUCUAUCCACCAUUUAGUGGAAUGAUUGUCAAUGAUUCAUCUCAACAACAACAACAACAACAAUACUUGUAUGGACGUGGUACAUUGGAUGAUAAAAAUGGUGUUUAUGAAAUUCUUGAAGCAUUGAAUCAAUUGAGAAGAGAGAAUUUAUUACAACAACCAGAUCGAGAUAUUUAUGUAGUGAUUGGAAUGGAUGAAGAAAUUGGCGGAGAACAUGGAGCAAAGAAGGUCACUUCUUACUUUUUAAAGAAAAAUAUCACAUUUGCAUUCAUUCUCGAUGAAGGUGGAAUGAUUGCCGAUCAACAAUUCCCAACCAUUCAUUCACCAGUAGCAUUUGUAGCCAAUGCAGAGAAAGGUUUUUGUAAUUUUGAAAUCAAAGUACAAUGUGAACCAGGACAUUCUUCAAUGCCAUCCAUUCAUCAUACCUGUAUUUCUAAAUUAAGUAAGGCCAUGAUACAAAUUGAAAACAAUCCAAUGAAAGCUCAUCUCUCAAUUCUUAGAAAUAUGAUGAGUCAAUUAGCUCCACUUUCAUCCUCUCUUGUAUUCAAGAUGAUUGCAGCGAAUAUGGAUCUAUUUUCACCUUUUUUAGAUUUUGCUUUGAAUUAUUUAGGAGGAGCACCAAAUGCAGUGACUCGUACUACCUUUGCACCGACCAUUAUUUCAGCUGGUGUUGCUGCCAAUGUGUUACCUUCUACAGGUACUCUGUUAGUGAAUACUCGAUUAUCACCCUAUGAUCGUAUUGAGGAUGUUUUGAAACAUUUAGAGAAGAUUUUGGGUGGUGUUGGCAAUGUUGGAGAUGCACCAUCAUCGACGACGACGACGACGACGACUACUCAUACUACAAAUAACAUUACAAUCACGGUACAAAAAACAACUUGUGAUGAAGCAAGUCGUGUCUCAUGCCACGAUUGUUUAGAAUUUAAUAUUAUCAAGAAAUCAAUCCAUCAAAUGCAACCUGAUGCAUUUGUAGUACCUUAUUUAUUUAUUGCUGGUAGUGAUUCCAAGCAUUAUCGAAAAUUAAGUGACUAUGCUUAUGGUUAUUUACCAAUGAGACUCAUGAAGGCCAAUCAAGAUCUUGCUCGUAUUCAUGGACACAAUGAGAGAAUUAGUACUCAAAAUUAUUUAGAAUCUGUCAAUGUGUAUGGUGCAAUCAUUCUCAAUGCUAAUGAAAUGCUCAAAGAAAGACCUUAA